ACAAACAAUUUACGUCUCAUACGGACAGAUAAGUACUACGCAAUAUCUAUGACUAGCACACUACGUAACAACACACCGUUGUCUACUGUUGUCAAUGGAGAUCCAUUAAAAUUGGAUCUGGAUCAAGAGAAUCAACCACCAUCACUGGACGACAAUGUUAAUACAAUAAUGAAUGAAAAGAAGUUCAUUCAACAAUCAAAUGUUCCAGAACCAAUCAAUACUAAUUCUAUGUUGCCUAAGCCCAAAAAGGCAGCCUCAAUAUCCAAUUUAAGACCCAUUGAUGAAGAUCAUGAACUUAGUCGCCAACAAUUGUCUCCUCCACAACCACUUCUACAAGUUCCUUCUUCUUCUCAUUAUUCAACAAUACCCACUUUAUCUGAAAAACCACCAUCACCACCUCCUGUAGUAACAGCAGAUCGUGCAGCAGUUACUUCACUGUCCCAAUCUACAUUCACAUUGAAAGAUAUCAACUUACAACCAGAAGAGGAACAACUGUUACCUGAAUCCUCUCAAGAUCUCUCAAUUUUAGAACAAUCAUCCCCUAGACAUAGCCCUAUCAAGAAAUCAGCCUACCAAGCCAAAUUGAGAUAUCACCUUAACCAAGACUUCUCUGCCAACGACAAAAGUUCAUUAUUUCUUCCACCAGGCGAAUAUGGGCCAACCACAACAAAAUCACCUCCUCCUUCCAUUCCUAACACCUUCAAAUAUAAAUCACAUCCUAACGCCAAAACCAAAACUAAAAUAGGAGCUGAGAUUUUAGAGGAAGAAGAGGAAGAUCAGCAUAAAUCGACUGGAACAGCAGAUUGGAUGCCCUCGGUAUUAGGGGACAGAUGGAUCUCGGAAACUUCCCAUAUGCAACCAACUCCAUUAUCAACCCUGAACCUGGAUCCAAUACCUUCGGUAAAUUCGAAUGAAUUUAAUUCAUCAGUGAGAAUAACAAAGAGCCAGCCAAUCCUUCUCAAACAGCCUAGUUUUGCUACCACUAUGAUUCAUAAUUCUAAAAUCGACACCCAUGAGACUGCAGAAUGGAAACGUGCUGCCGAAGAGUAUAUCAACAAACAGCACCAAAAUAAUUUUGCCAACAUUUUCCAAUCAAUAGAUUCGACGGGCCAAAAGCAACCAGUUACCACCACCACCACCACUGCCAAGUCAACACACUCGUCAACAUUAUCCACUCCCAUUGCCACUUUGAGUAGGCAAAUGAUUCCUGAGCAGCAGCAACAACAACAACAAGAACAUGUGGAACAAUCGCCGUUGAAGUUAUUUAGAAAAAACUAUGACACAUUCACCAAAAAGGCUCUUCAUGGCUUGUUGGAAAAUCUCUCAAAUAAAUCAAAUGUUAAUACACCAACGUCGGGAGAUUCAAAGAACGUACAAGAAAAUAGGCCGCAUACUGUAGAGGCGGUACCUCCACCAGCACUAAAUAUUGAGUCGGUCCGUCCGAACCUGGAACAACACAAUAUACCACCUAAUAUUAAGGAUUUUACAAAAGAUGGUCACUAUAAUGAAGCACAAUAUAUGCAGAAUGCCAAUAAUGUUUUCCUGAAUCUUAAAAAAGGAUAUAGGGCCAGUAGUUAUAAUAUUGGUCAGGGUAAACUGCAUACUACAGCUACAUCAACUCCACUUACUAAUAAUGUCAGAAAUAUUGAAGAAGAGAUUAACGAAUACUCAUCAUUUUCGAGUGGGUUUAAUAGCAAAGAAGACGACGAACAUGAAAGAGUUCCAGAUGAACUAGGAGAAACUGUACAUGAAGAUGUUGACUUGUAUACCCAAGAAAGUACUAGGUCAAACAGUACUCAAUUUGAAAAUGAUUCACAGUAUACUUUUGAUGAAGAUUAUGAUGAUAAUGGAACUAUUACCGAGAGAACACAGAGAUUAAGUAGUCCACAUAGAAUUCAAGUUAAUAAUCAUGGAUUUAAUAAUGCUCCUUCUGUGCACUACAUGAAUUUGGAAGCAGAGAAUGCUGCAUUGAAGCAAAGAAUAGAAAAUAUGACCAAAUUGCAGCCUCUGCAACUUCAGCCAACCCAACAAUCACAACACCAACCGCAACAUCAUGAAGUUUCUAUUGUAUCCGAUGAUAAUGAUGAUGACAAUGGUCUUGUAAUACCAAAGUGGAAGAAUAUAUCUCAACUCCAUUUGGAACCAUCACCUAAGCAUUCCAAGAGUCAAGUGAUAAAGGGACAUGUGGUACCUGACAGAAAUUUACCUAAGGAGUACGGCAAUAUGAUUUUUGAUGAAAAGACUAUGAAAUGGCAAGAAAAGAAGAAUAGUGUUCAUUAUACUUUGGAUUCUAUUGAUGAUUUGACUGCUACCCAAAAUUUAACCUCCCAGCCUGAAAUAUCAUCUCAACUUCAUAGCUCGCCCAUUAAGAAGCAUAUGUCCAAAAAAACACCAACAAAGAAGAAAAGAUCGACAAACAAACUAGAAGUUUCAUUUCAUCUUCCAAAUGCUGAUUUAUCCAAUGCUAAAUCAUCCCAGAACGCAAGCUAUGAUGUCACUCGUAUGUCACAAUUGGAGGACAUGACGUUUACCCAAUCCCACAAGCAGUUGAUUUCGAUUAUUAACGAAGUUUUGGAAGGUGAAGAACAUUGGGAACGGAUUAAGCAAAUUACUUUAAGUCAUUUUGACUUGGAAAACACGAAGGAUUUAGACCAGUUUCUUCCUGGUUUACAACGUCUUGAUAUUUCAAAUAAUCAGAUACAGUACUUGAGUGGAAUCCCUUCUCGAAUUUUGGACUUGGAUUUACUGAAUAAUAACAUUAGUGAUAUAACUUCAUUUCGCGAUUUAUCUGAUUUGCUGAUGGUUGACCUUUCUCAAAAUUCACUUGUUCGAUUGAAUAAUCUCAGCCGUAAUAUUCAUUUGAGCGAGUUGCACCUAGCUAAUAAUUCCAUUGUUAGUCUAGAUGGAUUGCAAGAAUUGGUGAAACUAACUAUUUUAGACGUAUCAGGAAACAAGCUUAGUGGGAAAUUGGACUUCAGUCAAUUUUAUUGGCCCAAUUUACAAGUAUUGAAUAUUUCCGAUAAUCAAAUAACUAGUCUUGUUGGAUGGGAAGAGGUUACAGAUUUAAAUGUGUUACUUGCGAACGAUAACCAGCUUACAAAUUUUGUAGCUGCUCGUCCUAACUACAGCUUAAAGAAGUUGGGGUUGAAAUUCAACAAUUUGAAAGCGAUUGAUAUUGACAAACUAUUUGAUUUGAGAACGUUGAGAAUUGAUGGGAAUCAAUUGGAACAUAUUAGUAGUCUAAAGAAUUUACAUAAUAUCGAGGAUAUUUCAGCCAAGUCACAAAGUCCAAACGUAUUAUCCACUAUUGUCGCAUCGACUCCUCGUGUUUCUAAUCUUGAUUUAUCUGGGAAUGGGUAUUAUUUCAACAGUCCUAUAUUUCAACCAACUCCAUUGGGUGCAGUCACCAAGUUAACACUUUCUGCCCUUGGUCUCGAAGUUAUUCCCAGCACUUUCGCAACAUUAUUCCCCAGUGUUAUUGACUUAAACUUGAACUUUAACAAAUUAAAUGAUAUUUCCCACCUUGCUAGUCUCAAAUUAAGAAAGUUAUAUCUAGUCGGAAAUGAACUCCCACGAAAGCCACUGAUUUCAGAUUCUCUAGUUUGCACAUUGUACAACAGUCUCCGCAAAUCUAGAAGCAGUUUAAUCUCAUUAGAUCUCAGAAUGAACCCGCUUACACAUGAUAUUUAUCCUUAUGUGAUCAGUCCUGAUGAGCUCGAUGCGCCAAUUCAAAUUGAGAAUGUUGAGGAUAUUGAUGGAUUCCUUGUGCAUUAUGAAACAAUUAAGAAAACUAGUGAUUUUGUAAGAAGAGAUGAAGAGUUCUUGAUAAAGAACCAGACUAAUAUAGUUGUUAGACGACGUGCAGAGUACGAGAUGUUUUGCGUCGGGAUGUUCCCAGGGAUGAGUAAAUUGGAUGGGGGUCCUUUGACGGAACCGAAGAGGGGCGAAUUGCUUAAAAGUGCAAUGGUUGAGUUUGCUAGAAGGAAGCAAUUAAAGGGUAAGGAAUAAUGAUAGAAAUAUAUAUAUGUAUGCCUUUUAUGUCUUUAGAGCUUAGAAUACAAGUUUAUUUAUUUUGCCGCAAAA